GUCUAUUCAGACACUCUCCCCCUCCUUCCCUGCCGUUUCCGUCUCGCGCCAUGUCCACAGUCGACCCUCUCGUUGAGCUUCGCAUCGAGCUGCCUGCCUACUCACAUUCCUUCACUGUACGGCUCGACUCCUCGGCCACCAUCCAUGAUGUCAAGCGCGAGAUAGAGAAGCUCUGCCCCGGAGGUCCGCGUCCGGACGGUCAGCGGCUGGUGUACAAGGGUCGCUUUCUGGAGAACGACAAGACGAUAGCGGAUAUCUGGAAGUCGUCCGACGACGCCCGCAUUGUCCACUUGGCCGUGCAUCCCUCGGCAUGGACAUCGACUCCCCCCGCCGCAGUCUCUUCAUCCAAUCCCUCUUCCAGCGCUCAGUCUUCAGCGUCUGCCCAUGCUGUGCCGACUCCGACCACCCAACGAUAUCGUGUGCAGGCCCCAUUAUCUCCGCCCGAGACCUCUCCUCUGCGCCAUGUGGGUGAGAAACACCAACGAGCUCUGCAUAUCCUUAUGAGUGGAAACUCUGGGUCUGCCCCAACGGUGCCGGCUGAUAAUGAGCACCGCCGAUCAGUGGCGAUCAACACGCUGCGAAGCCAUGGUUGGUCCUGGCCAAGCAUCCUAGAUGAGGAGUAUCCUACGAACGGGGCUGCUGGAGAGGGCGUGAAGUACGAGCGUGUGGUUAUGGAUGGACAACCAUAUCUCUCGCUCACUACUCCCAAUGCUACCCCCACACCCGCGCAACUGCAUGCCUUGAAAGUGCUAUCGGUCACAUUCCCGAUACUCGCUGCGCCGCCUCCUGUUCCCUACUAUCCCAUGCCUACGGCUUACAACGUCUCGUAUCCGAUGACCCCACCAACGAACGUGAAUGAGCACCUUCAGCAGCUCGGCCUUCCCCCAAUCCGACUAGUCCCUGGCCAGGUGCUCAACGCGAACGAUCCGAACAACCUACCGGGUGCUGCUCCCCCGCCCGUUGAAAUUCGCGCGAUCCCCGUGCGGGCACUCAUUAUUCCAUUGAUCAUGCUCGUCUUCCGCACCAUUCUGAUCAUGUACUUCUUCUCGCCAUCCAAGCGGCCACUGUUUGCAUUUCUCCUCAGCGCAUGGAUACUCUAUGAGGCAUGGGGUGCGAUUCGCGCUGUGUUCGGGAGGCCACGGGAUCGACAGCGGGCGAAUGUCAACGGCCAAGGCGGGGGCGCUCAGGCGGGGAACGGACAGGCUGCUGGUGGCCAGGGACGUCAAGCGCGGGGCGCAGGAACCGCCAAUGCGAACCGUAGUCAGCUGCAAGCCUUCCUCACAAGCUUGUCUAAUCUGAAUCUCAGAGGGGAAAACAUGGUCCUCGACAGUCACAUACCUACGCGCCCACCGAGCAUCAGCCAUAAGGUGCAGACAUUCGUGGGUUUACUGCUCCUGACGUUGUAUCCUGCGGUGUGGGACCACCGUCGCGCGGCUCUGCGCAGGCGCGAGGGCCGCCUGCGGACGGAAGCGAACAUCAUCGCAUCGGCGUCGCAGCAGAAUGUGGAACCCGGCAGUGAGGGCGAGAGCAGGCAGCGGGCCGAAGACGAGAGCCGCGCAAGGGCCCUCGAGGCACAUCAGCGGCGGCCAGUAUGGGUCCAAGGGUAUGUGCAGAGGGUACAGACGACGGAUUGGGCAGACGACCUGUAGGGCGGGCGGUCCUGAUUGGCUUUUUAUGUCGUUCAGUGUAUGAUACUUGGAGGUUCGGAUUACCAUUUGUACACAUUUGGAUUUC